AUGAAGGAGCGCAUCGAUAUGGUGGGAACUGCACGGAUGCGUGGUACUGGCGACUUGAUCUAUACUGCUGAGCAAGUCGAGACGAGUCAGUGGUUGUCAAGCUCGACGGAGACUAUCAGGGUCCUUUGGUUGACUGGAAAGCCUGGCUACGCGGAAAUUAAGCAUAAGCCAGUCCGUCUGAUCGUUGACGGACUGGACGAAUGUCAUCCCGAGCUCGAGGAGAACCAAGCAGAAUUCGAGAAGCUUUUCGAGCUCCUGGCACAACUGCCUUCGGGAUGUAAAACGUUGGUCGUGAGUCGCCACAAUAACUUCCGGGAGCAGAUGCUCCAGCGUAGUAUUGGUGACACUCUGUCGCGAAAGAAUAUCACCGAAAACGACACCAGAGACGACCCAGCAACCUACAUCACCAGUCGUCUCCACGAUAUCGCGGAGGACAAGGAAGAUUAG